AUGAGUGCAAUUCAUAGAGAGACAAAUGACCAAGCAAAGCAAUGGAACUCAACGUCUACCAAUUCAAGUCUACUCGCAUUAUGGGAUGCAUCGACUCACAAUGCCGAUAUAGUCGUGGCUCAGGAUGGGUCGGGAAAUUACAGGACCAUCAACGAGGCGGUCCAAGCACUGCAUCGCGAGCACAAUGGAGACAGAAGAGCUAUUGUCUAUGUGAAAUCAGGGGUUUACGAAGAGUACGUUGAGAUAGCUAGAAACUUGAGGAAUGUGAUGUUUGUUGGUGAUGGCAUUGAUGAGACUAUAGUAACGGGCAAUCACAAUGUUCCUGAUGGUUACACGACCUAUAGAUCGGCCACCUUCGGUGUAUCAGGAGAUGGAUUUUGGGCCAGAGACAUAACCUUCGAAAACACAGCCGGCCCAUCAAAAGAGCAAGCCGUAGCCCUCCGCGUUAACUCUGACCGCUCCGUCAUCUACCGCGACUGCGACAUCUACGGCACCGUCGACUUCAUCUUCGGCAACGCUGCCGCCGUCAUCCAAAACUCCGAGAUCUUCAUACGGAAGCCCAUGCCCCGCCAAAGGCCCAUGGUCACGGCCCAAGGCCGAGACGACCCGAAUCAGAGCACGGGCAUUUCAGUCCACAGUUGUCGGGUCCGGCCCACUGCGGAAAUGGAAGCGGUUAAGGGUAACUUUAACAGCUACCUGGGCCGGCCUUGGCAGAGGUAUUCGAGGACCGUGUUCUUGAAAACGGACCUGGAUGGGCUUAUCCACCCUGAAGGAUGGGCCGAAUGGAACGGGGAUUUUGCGUUGGAUACGCUGUAUUAUGGCGAGUAUAUGAACACGGGUGCGGGUGCGGAUACGGGUAGGAGAGUGAACUGGAGGGGGUUUCACGUGCUGGGGGGUUUGGAUGAAGCUGGUGAGUUUAGCGUGGAGAGGUUUAUUCAGGGUCACGAGUGGAUUCCUGAGAGCGGAGCUCCCUUUUGGGGUGGGGUCUAG